AUGGCAGACCUCUACUCCCGGAUCUCUUUCCUGCUCGUCAUAUAUUUGGAUGUCUGCAAAUUACAAAGUUUGAAUCUGGCUCUGAAGAAACCAGCAUGGAUGAGCAGCUUGAGGGGUUUACGCGAUAUCGCUGCUAAUGCUGUGGACGGCAGCCGUAGAACCAAUUUACGCGACGGUGUCUGCAGUCACACUCACCCUGGUGACAUGUCGCCCUGGUUUGUCAUGGAUCUCCUGGGGCAGUACAGUAUCUACAACGUCACCAUCUACAACAGGGGAGACUGCUGUGGGGAUAGACUCCAUGACUUUGUAAUCCAGCUGUAUGUACAAAAUCCAUCGCGAUAUCCAUCAGCAGCUUUCUCCAUCUGUAAGAACUACACUGGCACGUUUGGUUCCGUGGGGAACAUAGCAUGCGAUGCUCCAGUCUUGGGAAGGUUCAUCAAACUGUGGAAACCGAAAAUCAGACACGAACAUGAUGUUCUCAACUUCUGUGAACUUGAAGUGUAUGGAGUACAGUCAGGUAGGACGGCCUAUAUAAAUAAGUCACCUAAUAAAUAG